GGAUUGGAACCUAGUAUCCUGCUGAGUUGGGGACCUGAAAAGCGCUAUCAACCGGAUAUAUCAAGGGUCGGGGGCAACCUGGACGUCUUAUCUCCAUUGCCUCUCCGCGCCCUUUGGCUGACAGCAGCUCCAAGUGGCGGAAAUUCUACCCUUGAACCCAGCCGUCUUUCUUGAACGGAGUAUCACCAACUCUUGGCCACUCCUCAAGCAUCAACAACAACAACCCCAGCAUCAUGGGCUCCUUCAACCCUGAUCCACCCAAACCAUGGGUUGAGACGCCCCUCAUCUUCUCUCCGCCGCUCUCGCGGAAGGUAGGAUGCAACAUCUACCUGAAGCUUGAAAACACCCAGCCCUCGGGCUCGUUCAAGUCUCGCGGGAUCGGCCUCAUGAUGCUGAACGCGCUCUCCGCCGCCUCUUCUUCUUCUUCCUCCCCGUCCGCCGAAGUCCACUUCUACUGCUCCUCGGGCGGCAACGCGGGGCUCGCCUGCGCCACCACGGCCGCCGCGCUCCGCCGGCCCGCCACCAUCGUCGUGCCGACCUCGACCUCGGCCUUCAUGAUCGCCAAGCUGCGCGAGCUCGGCGCCCGCGUCGUCCAGACCGGCGCCAGCUGGGCCGAGGCCGACGCCCACCUGCGCGACGCCCUGCUGGCCCCCCCCGAGCCCGGCGUGCGCAAGGUCUACGUCCCGCCCUUCGACCACCCGGACGUCUGGGCCGGCGCGGCCACCCUCGUCGACGAGAUCGCCAGGGACGUGCUGGCCGGCCGGGUGGCGGCUGCGGAUGGGGAGGAUGGGCAGGGCGCCGCCGGCGUGGUGGAUGCCGUCGUGUGCAACGUCGGCGGCGGCGGGUUGCUGAACGGCGUGAUGGAGGGGUUGGAGCGGAACGCCAAGAUACUGGGCGGCGGUGUGGGGGGGAGGACCAAGGUGCUGGCGGUCGAGACCGUGGGUGCCGACAGCUUGAAUGCCAGUGUCCGGGCUGGCGAGCUGGUUACGCUGCCGGGCAUCACGUCGAUCGCGACGUCGUUGGGGGCGCGGCGGGUGUCGGAGAAGACGUGGGAGUGGGCGCAGCGGGCUGGGCCGGAGAACCUGAUCAGCGCGACCGUGACGGAUAAGGAGGCGGCGACGGCGUGUGUGAGGUUUCUGGACGAUGCGCGGAUAUUGAUCGAGGUGGCAUGCGGCGCGACGAUCGCGACGGCGUACAAUGGGGAUCUGAGGCGGUAUCUGGGCAAAGGGUUGACCGACGAAGAGUGGGCGCGCAGGAAUGUCGUGCUGGUGGUGUGUGGAGGGUCUAACACUAGCCUGGAGAUUCUCGAGAAGUACAAAAAGACGUACGGGAUAGAGUAGAAGGGGGGUUCGCUAGCGGUCGGCGUUACUUCUGUUUGUACUGGCUUCUAUUGCGCCUCGACCCGGAUUUGAUCUCUCGAAUAGACCAGUUCUGCGU